CACGUGUUAGUUGAAUAGUAACAAUCGACGAUGAAAGGAUCAAUAUUUUUCGUCCUUUUUUCGCUGGUCUCUGCAGCGUGUGCUGCGGGCCUCGAAUCGAUUCCUUUUGGAUUUUACGAUGAGCUCAAGAACAGCGAGCACGACCAAUGUAGCGUAGACGUGAAAAAUAUGUUGGACGGAGUGAAAAAUCUAGACAAAUGGGCAUUGGAAAUGAUCGAUUCGUCAGCCAAGAUACCAUCAGGGAUAUUAAGAGGCAAUUUGAAUCAGUAUGGCGAUUUCGACGAGUGCAUUAACGCCAACGACAACAACGGAAUGUAUGGACAAUACUGUUUGGUCGCGAUCCAAUUGAAAAAUCCCAUUUUCAGCAACUACAUCAGUGCUUACCACCAAGUGAAAAAUAAUUUAACUGACCCCGGUCAUCGUUUACCUAAGUUUUCUACCGUUUACUGGGGAGUUUGUGUACCGUCCUCUUGCAGUCCGGAUGACGUGGCCUCUGCGGCGGGAUCUACUGCCCAAAAGUUCCAAGACGCCGAAGUUCUCGUUGAAAACGACAUGUGUCAGGUGAAACGCAUACCGAAAAAUUCAACCGAUUUCGACUGGGUUCGGUUUUGGGUGGCGAUUUUCAUUUUAAGUAUGUCAAUGUUUGGACAAGGAGCAUUUUGCACCCCCGACGAACUCGAUCCUGACGUCGAACGAACUGCACCCCUUAUGCUCCGAAUAUCAAGUGUUCUAAGGAAUGCGUUUGCAGUCAGGACGAACUUUAAAUCUCUGUUUAUUUCCCCUACUAGAGACGGAUUCAAAAGCAUAGAAGGCGUUCGAGCUCUUAACAUGAUCGCUCUGCUUUUGUGUCACAUGGUCAUGGCCAAAAUGUUUUUGCCAUACUUAAACAAGACCGAAAUGUCCGAAAAUAUGUCAAAACCGUGGCUCAUCACAGGAAGAGUGGCUUAUUUAUACACAGAUUCUUUCUUGGUCAUUAGCGGCUUACUGGCAGCGUAUACAUUGAGUAAAUUUUCACCGGUCAAGAGUGUUAUUUCACGUUAUAUACGAUUGACUGCAACGUUAGUAACGGUAAUGCUUAUUUGCGCUAAAUACUUACCACAAAUGAAUUAUGGGCCUAUGUGGAAUAUGGUCAUUACACGACACUCUGAUCUCUGUUACAAGAACUGGUGGAGAAACUUACUGUAUAUUCAAAACUUAUUUGGUUUUAAAAAUAUGUGUUUAACGCAUACUCAUCAACUUGCCAUAGACUUUCAAUUGUUCGUUAUGGCUAUCCCAUUAAUAUAUUUAUUAAGAAAAAGUAAAGCUGUUGCGUUAUUCGUUAUUGCCGCAAUCAUGUCUGCAUCGACAAUACUACGUUAUCAAGCAGUCGUAAACAAUAAUUUGGCCACGGUUGUUUAUUUUGGAUCUGACAUUUCACAAUUGAAUCGUACUUUCGACUUAACGUACACUUUACCGACACACCGAGCAACCGUUUAUCUAAUGGGCUUUUUGGUUGGCUAUUGGAUGCAGCAACGUGGCCGUUUAAAUAUUUCCAGUGCGCAAGUGAAAAAGACAUGGCUUGUAGCGACCGCCUGUGGACUGUUGGCGGUUUUUGGUCCUUAUCAGCUGUCUAACAUGAACUAUGUAUACAACAAUGUUCAACUAGCAAUUUUUAACGCGGUCGCACCCAUCCUUUUGGUCUGUUUUCAUACUGUGGUGCGUCAUUGCCACCGACAAUGGUCACGGGGGCCAUUUACGAUGCUUUCAAAAAUCUCAUACGCCGUUUACCUAGUACAGUAUCCUGUGUUCUUCUAUUACGUUGGAUCAGCCAGAGGUCCGUCUUUACACACCACAGCCACAAUGUUCGACGUAGGUCAAAUGAUACUGAUUGCUGGAUUGUCAGUUUUUCUAACGUUGGCUAUCGACAUCCCAUUUCAAAAAAUUGGUAAACAUGUGACAGAAAGUGGAGCAAACAACAAAGUUAAAUCGUUAUAAACUGUUCAGUUAUAGUAAUGUUUACAUCUAUAAUACUAUGUCAUUAAUACUA